AUGUCUACCGCUCCUGGAGGCAGCCUCAGCAUGGCUGAGGCCGAGGCGCUGUUGGAAGCCGCGCGCCGGUGUUGCACAGCUGAGGAGUCGGCGCGCCUGAAACGCCGUCUGGAGGAGCUGCUUCAGGAAUACGUGUCGCUGUCCUCCGCAGAUUACUUUAGUCCUGCUAUAUACGCGAUGUUGCAAAACGCCACAAAGGCUCUCGAAGGUCGACAGCAAACGACUCCAGUGCGGUCUACGUUUAGCUUUAAGUCUGUUCGCACCCGGGUACCCACUCCCGCAACAGAUGCGGCUGUAUCAGUGCCAUCUAAGGAACCCAGCGAUGUGGCACCAGCGGCGCAUGCCACGCCCAAGAAAGGUGUGAGUGUAGAAAACGGCACGCUGCGCAUCCAGGGGCUCUCCGGCAUUGACGUUGUACGCUGCGACGCCGAACUCCAGGGCAUCGGCACCGUCAUGAUGAAAGAUUUGGAGCGCUGCAGGGUGAUUCUGCUUGGCAUCGUCGAGGCAGUCUACAUCACUGACAUUAAGGACAGCCUGAUAUGGAUCGGCGCAGCACGUGGAUCGGCCAUUCUGCACUCGCUUUGUGACUCCACCAUGCUGAUCUGCUGUAGGCAGCUACGUAUCGCAAACUCCGUUGGAAGCAAGUUCCUUACGGAUACGGUUACUAUGCCAAUAAUCGAACGAACAAAUGGAGUGUCUUUCGCAAAAAACCACGUCCGCUACGCCGGUCAAGCCCAUCACCUGGAGGCUUCGGGGCUGAAGGACGUGCUAAUGACUGAAGCUCCAGCCGCCACCGACUUCAGCUGGCAUCAUUCCGGUGCAUCUCCGAACUGGAGCUCGGAAGCAGAGCGUCCGGAAGUGACACUGUCGCCGGAACCCAUUGACCAACCUGCCAGUGACCUAGCGGGCAACACGUUCACCUUCGCCCCCGAAUCGUGGGAAAUGCUAGACCAUUUAUAA